UGGGUUCCAUGACAGAUUAAUAACUAAAUGGAUAAACAUCCUGAUCUUUUUUGUUGGCAAAUGUGAUCAUCUAUCCACACACAAAGGUUCUAGUAGUUAUCUGGCUUGGGAAAUGGCUGGAGGGAUCCUGGCCAUGGUCCUCUUUCCCAACGGAUUAUGUAAACUGGGACCAUGAAGAGGUGAUUACCAUCAAGUUACAUUUUGAUACAUAUAUUGGAUACAGUUUAUACUCGUCAUCUAGUAGGACUUGACACAAUAUGCAGUACAGUAGAGUCUCACUUAUCCAACAUAAACGGGCCGGCAGAACGUUGGAUAAGUGAAUAUGUUGGAUAAUAAGGAGGGAUUAAGGAUAACCCUAUUAAACAUCAAAUUAAGUUAUCAUUUUACAAAUUAAGCACAAAACAUCAUGUUAGACAACAAAUUUGGCAGAAAAAGUAGUUCAAUACACAGUAAUGCUAUGUAGUAAUUACUGUAUUUAUGAAUUUAGCAGCAAAAUAUCAAUGAAAGCAUUGACUACAAAAAUGCGUUGGAUAAUCCAGAUAGUUGGAUAAGCGAGUGUUGGAUAAGUGAGACUCUACUGUAAUUACUACAUAGCAUUACUGCGCAUGGAACUACUUUUUCUGUCAAAUUUGUUGUAUAAUAUGAUGUUUUGGUGCUUAAUUUGUUUAAUCGGCUUUUCCUGAAUCCCUUCUUUUUAUCCAACAUAGUCACUUAUCCUGCCGGCCUGUUUAUGUUGGAUAAGUGAGAGGCUACUGUAUAUUGAUAAUCUUAUAUUAUCUGCUUAGAAGUGGAUUAUAUGAGGCCCCUUCUUCACAGCUGUAUAAAAUGCACACUGAAGUGGAUUAUAUGGCAGUGUGGAGUCAAGAUAAUCCAGUGCAAAGCAGAUAAUAUAAGAUUAUAAAUGGGUUAUAUAGCUGUGUGGAAGGGCCUUGAGUCUACACUGCCAUAUAAUCCAGUGCAAAUUAGAUAAUCUGUGGAAGAAGCCUAAAUUAGGUCUAAAUCUGCCUGUCCCCUAACUGAACCCUGGCUGUCCCUUUGCUGACAGCCUGGUUGCUAGGCGACCAAGUGGGCAGAGAUUAGCCCUCUAAACUGGCAGCAAUUGGAUAAAAAACAGUUAUUGCUCUCCCUCUAAUUAGGACUUUAUUUUUCUUUUCUUUUUGUUGUAUCAACCUUGAGGCAUGGAUGAUGGGUUGUGUUGUCAAAUUUUGAGGUUGGGGGGCCUGUACUUUUGUUGUUUUGUGAGUCGCCGUGAUGCCAUCACUCUUUUAUAUAUAUAGAUAUUAUAGUUUUGAGGCUGAGAACACAAAGGUUCUAGUAGUUAUCUGGCUUGGGAAAUGGCUGGAGGGAUCCUGGCCAUGGUCCUCUUUCCCAAGGGAUUAUGUAAACUGGGGCCAUGAAGAAGUGACUACCCUCAAGUUACAUUUUGACACAUAUAUUGGAUACAGUUUAUACUCAUCAUCUAGUAGGACUUGACACAAUAUGCAGUAUCUAUAUAUAUAAUAAAAGUGAAAUCGGAGUAUGUAUCAGCGUUUUGAUUGGCCUGGCGGAAUAUGUGCUCGCGUUUUGAUUGGCCUCGCAGAAUAUGGAUCAGCUUUCUAAUUGGCCAGCCGGAAUAUGGGCCAGCUCUGAUUGGCCGCCACUUUCACAGGCCACUGGGAUCGCUGAGGGAAAAACUACUACCAACUGGCUUCGUUCGGCCUACUUCUCUCCUCUCCUUCAACACUCUCCUUCAACAAGCUUCAUCUCUACCUGAGAAAUGUCCAGUUCAACAAUAGCGCUGGUGAUGAGGUGUAUUUUAACCAAAAUGGAGAAUUGAAUACAGGGUAUGAUAUCAUAAAUUGGUGCAUUUUCCCCAACAAGACUCUAACUAAAGUGAACGUUGGAAGGAUGUGGCCUCCAGAUUUAUCAGGACAUGAGUUUUAUAUCAACGAGAGCAUCAUUCACUGGCAUCAUCAUUUCAACCAGACAACGCCUUACGCCCAGUGCAGUGAUGUCUGUGAUCAUGGAUACAUGAAGGUUGGCAGGGAAGAUGGACCAGUUUGUUGUUAUAAUUGCUCCCCUUGCCCAGAAGGGACCAUCUCCAGUAGCACAGCUGUAUCAUUUUCUGAAAAGAGUUUCAUUUAACAACACUGCUGGGGACAUGAUUGCUUUUGACCAAAAUGGAGAAUUUGUAACUGGCUUUGAUAUAAUCAAUUGGGUCUUUUCCCCAAACCAAUCCUUGCAAAAAGUGAAAGUUGGAAGAAUGGAUCCACUUGCUGCCUCAGAGCAAGCAGUCACCAUUAAUGAGAAUGCCAUCACCUGGCAUAGUUGGUUUAACCAGGUGUUGCCCCUGUCUGUGUGUAAUGACCCUUGCCAUCCUGGCUACAGCAAGAAAAGGAUAGAAGGGAAGGCAUUUUGUUGCUAUGAUUGUGCUCGGUGUCCAGAAGGAAAGAUUUCUAACCAGCAAGACACGGCUGAUUGUAUUGAAUGCUCAGAAGAUUAUUAUCCAAACAAAAGGCAAGAUUCAUGCAUUCCCAAGUUCAUCACCUUUCUAUCCUACGGAGAACCUUUAGGCAUCGGCUUAGCCAUUUCUGCUCUUUUCUUUUCUCUAAUAACAGUUUUGGUGUUAGUGACGUUUGUGAAGCACAAAGAUACACCGAUAGUCAUCGCCAACAACCGAAGCCUUACCUACACUCUCCUGCUCUCUCUCCUACUCUGCUUCCUUUGCACUUUGCUCUUUAUUGGCCAGCCCCAGAUGGUGACCUGUCUCCUCCGACAAACUGCUUUUGGAAUCGUCUUCUCAGUGGCCAUCUCUUGCGUGUUGGCCAAAACCAUCAUGGUGGUUUGGGCAUUUGCAGCCACCAAGCCAAGAACCAGGAUGAGAGGAUGGGUAGGAAAAAGCUUGGCCAACUACAUAGUUCUUUCCUGCUCCAUUUUCCAAGCAGGCAUUUGUAUGAUAUGGCUGGUGACUUCUCCGCCAUUUCCACAUUUUGACAUGCAUUUAGAUGUGGAAGAAAUUUUAUUAGAGUGUAACGAAGGGUCAACGUUCACAUUUUACUGUGUUCUUGCCUACCUUGGCUUCCUAGCCCUCCUCAGUUUCUUUGUGGCUUUUCUAGCAAGAAAGCUCCCAGACAGUUUCAAUGAAGCCAAGUUCAUCACUUUCAGCAUGUUGGUGUUUUGCAGUGUUUGGUUGUCUUUUGUCCCCUCUUACCUGAGCACCAAGGGGAAAUACAUGGUGGCUGUGGAGAUCUUCUCCAUAUUAGCCUCCAGUGCUGGGCUGCUGGGUUGCAUCUUCUUCCCCAAAGUCUACAUCAUUGUAGUGAAGCCCGAGCUAAAUAGCAGAGAACAGCUAAGGAAGGUCUUCAAAGGAAAAUGGUGAAAAAAACUAAAGUGCUGCAGGGGAGCUUUCCAAACAUUUCAUGCUGGUAACACACUUUUUAGACAUGCAGCAUUUCGCAACACAGUAAUUCAGCUUUGCUCACAAACCAGGGAUUAAACCCCUUAUAAGAAAUACGGACACAUACAUAAAUUGUAAUAAUGAUAUAUAUGGGGACACAACAUAUCUCAUGAAAACUUUUCAUAUAUAUUUUAAUAUAUAUAUGGUUUUUUCGAAGGCUUUCAUGGCCGGAAUCACUAGCUUGCUGUGAGUUUUCCGGGCCGUAUGGCCAUGUUCCAGAAGCAUUCACAACCUCUGAGGAUGCCUGCCAUAGAAACAACAGGAGUGAAUGCUUCUGGAACAUGGCCAUACAGCCCAGAAUACUCACAGCAACCCACUAUAUAUGGUUUAUUCCUUAUUUCACUUAGACUCAAGAGGUUUUAUCACUGAGGAGAGGCAGGUAAGAAAUAAAAUUAUCAUUAAUAUUAUUAUUAUUCUCGUUACAUUUGCACAGCACACUAACAUGUCACGACACAUAGUUUUGAAAGCUCUGUACUACGGGUUUUAAGUGAAUUGUGACAUAACAAAAUUGCUGGCUAAAAUUAGGACCUCUGAAGAUUAAAUAAUUUUCAACAUAGAAAAGAGUGGAUUAAAUAUUUUGGGGUUACAGCCAGAAGAAUAAUAGCUUGUUAUUUCAAAACAGUUAUAGAAUAGUUUGGAACAAAAUAAAAUGGGGAAAGUUACAUUUUCGGUAGAAUCCCAUUUGGUAAAAUCACAGUAAUAAAAGUAAAUGCUUUAAUGUGCUGUCAAAGGCUUUCAUGGCCAGAAUCACUGGGCUGCUGUGAGUUUUCCGGCCUGUAUGGCUAUGUUCCAGAAGCAUUCUCUCCUGACAUUUUGCCUGCAUCUAUUGCAGGCAUCCUUGGAGGUUGUGAGGUCUGUUGGAAACUAGACAACUGGGGUUUAGAUAUCUGUAGAAUGUCUAGGGUGGAAGAAAGAACUCUUGUCUGCCUGAGGCAAGUGUGAAUGUUGCAAAUUGCCCAUCCUGAUUAGCACUGAAUGGCCUUUCAGCUUCAAAGUCAGGCUGCUUCCUGCCUGCGGGGAUCCUUUGCUGGCCCUGAUUGUUUCUUGUCUGGAAUUCCUCUUUUUUUAUUAAAAAAUUGCUCUUUAUUUACUGUCCUGAUUUUACAGAUUUUUGAAUACGGACUAUGAAAAUGAAUCACACAAGGCCUCCCAAUUAGUUGAACCAGUACAGUACUUUAGAGCUAGUCAUUCUCAACCUGAACACUAGAGGGCAGUAAAACCUUGUAGCUGACUUGUGUCAAAAUUUGAACUUCUGUACUACAAAUCUGACUGUACUUCUGAGAAGUUGUCAGAUUUACACUGAGAAGUAUGUGCAAGAGUCUCUGGGCCAUUAUUUAAACAUAAAAACCGACCAGCUGGGAAA